CAGCUGAGAGGAUGUAGCGUUAGUUAGCCGUUAGCUUAGAGACGGCGUUAGGUAACAGUAUGACGCGAACGCUGCGAAGGUUACGGGAUCUCCAGCUACAAUGUGCUCCUAUUUUUAAAGCAGCUCAGCUUUUUUCGGGAAGGGAGUUUCGUUCGCAGAUGCCCAGUUGUAACAAAGAAGUCACAGAUGCUUCUGCAAUUUCUCCAUCAAAGAGGGCAAAGUUAGAAACAAAGCCUGCUGACGAGAGACCUGUUCUCAGAUUUGCUAAACUUUCUGAGCAUGCCACAACACCUACCAGAGGCUCAACAAAAGCUGCAGGAUAUGACCUCUACAGUGCAUAUGAUUACUCCAUUAGUCCUAUGGAUAAAGCUAUUGUGAAGACAGACAUUCAGAUUGCAGUUCCACAUGGCUGCUAUGGGAGAGUGGCGCCGAGAUCUGGACUGGCAGCGAAACACUUCAUUGAUGUUGGCGCUGGAGUUGUGGAUGAAGACUACAGAGGAAAUGUGGGAGUUGUGCUCUUCAACUUCAGCAAGGAGACAUUUGAAGUGAAAAAGGGUGACCGAGUUGCUCAGCUGGUGUGUGAGAGGAUCUGCUACCCAGAUCUGGAGGAGCAAGAGACACUAGAUGAGACAGAGCGUGGUGCUGGAGGCUUUGGGUCAACUGGACGCAACUGAAACCUCUAAAAUGUGAUUGCAGUGCAAAUGUAUAUGUUGAAAAUAUAAAGAUUAAGUCCUAAUAAAAUUCUCUUUUUGUA